AUGCGACUAGAAACGCGAUUGUCCAUCAACGGAACACGAUUCAUGGAUGGGCUGAUGUGCUUCAAUACGGCCAAGUCAAGCGCGAGAUUGGGCAAUGAUGACCCCAUGGCAAAACCCCUCAGCGAUUGCAAAGGCAAAGUCGAAUUUCGCAGUGUACGAUUCAGUUAUGAUAAGAAGACCAAUAUUCUCGAAGAUCUGAACUUGGAUGUCGAGCCGGGUGCAACAAUUGCUGUUGUUGGCCUCAGUGGUCAAGGAAAGUCAACCUUGCUUAAGCUUCUGACACGGAUUUAUAACCCAAACAGCGGUAACAUAUACAUCGAUGAUAUAGAAAUCCAGUCAAUAACUCUUGAAAGCCUUCGUCAAAAUAUUUGUAUUGUUCCGCAGACUGUCAGCAUAUUUGAUGGCUCUAUUAUGUCAAAUAUCAAGUAUGCACGAGAAUCUGGCAGUGAUGAAGAGGCAAUGGAUGCGUGCAAAGCCGCUGGCAUACACGAUGACAUAAUGAAGAACUCUGAAGGAUAUGGAACAAUCGUCGGUAAAAAUGGAAUCAAACUAUCAGGAGGUCAAGAGCAACGUAUUGGCAUUGCAAGAGCGCUCUUUAAGAACGCAAAGAUUUUGCUGAUGGAUGAACCUACGAGUGCCUUGGACUUAGUGACUGAGAACAUCAUCAGAGAUAGCUUGAAAACUGCUAAAGUUACAAAGUUCAUCGUCACACAUAGGCUUACAAUGGCCCGAGAUGCAACUCGCAUUCUAGUUUUGCAGGAUGGAAAGUUUGUCGAAAGUGGUACUCACGACGAGUUGGUGAAGAAACAAGGCAUGUACAAUAGCCUUUGGUCAGCUCACACCGACAGUCAAAGUUCUACCUAG